AUGUACUUAAAUUAUAUUAUAUACAACAUACAACAAGUGUCUACUUUUAUAAAUUAUGUUCUGUGUUUAUUAAGGUUCAGAGGGAAAUUAAUUAGUUUCAAUGAAUUUGUAACUGACAAUACCCUAAUUGAAUUAAUUGAUUAUGGCUCUGUUUAUGAAACUAAAUUAGAAAAUCUGUUUGUUCUUCCAUAUUAUUUUAUGUAUGAACCAUUAGCUUUAUCAGUCACAUUCAAAGAUUUUAUACCGAAGAAAACAACAUUUUCUAUAAAACCCCUUCUGUCAGAGAGUAAUCUAUAUGAAGGAGCUGUUCUUGUUGAUAUUAAAUGUAAUGAUAUAAAGUUGGAAAAUUGUGUUAAUGGAAACCAGUUAUUGGAAUCAAGAAAAGAGUAAGUAAUUAACGUUAAUAUAAAUUAAUUUUUUAUGUAU